AUGGCGAUGAGUCCGAAGGAUCACAUUGAGGAUAUCCGCAGAAGAAAAUUUUCAAUCGGUGGAGAGCCAAACUCUCUGAGGGAGGACCUCCAUCAGGCCGUUAAAAACCUCUCCGCCGAGCUCUACUCAAAGGAUGUUCACUUUUUCAUGGAACUCAUUCAGAAUGCUGAGGAUAAUGAGUACGAGUCGGGAGUGAAACCCAGCCUGGAAUUCGUGAUUACGUCGAAAGACAUAACGGAGACGGGAGCGAAAGCGACUCUAUUGAUAUUCAACAACGAGAAAGGGUUUUCCAGUAGGAAUGUUGAAUCCAUUUGUAGCGUCGGCCUUUCCACUAAGAAAGGCCAACGCAAGAGUGGCUAUAUUGGCGAGAAAGGGAUUGGGUUCAAGAGUGUGUUUUUGAUCACUGCUCGGCCUUACAUAUUUAGCAAUGGCUACCAGAUUCGAUUUAACGAGGAGCCGUGUGAGCACUGCGGUAUUGGGUUUAUUGUUCCAGAAUGGGUGGAUGGGAACCCUAUUCUUGCACGGAUAAACCAAAUCUAUGGUUCUUCAAGGAAACACCCUACCACAACUAUGGUUUUGCCGCUCAAGUCUGACAAGGUGGCUCCAGUGAAGCAGCAGCUUUCAAGCAUUCAUCCUGAGCUUCUAUUAUUUCUCUCAAAGAUAAGGGAGCUUUCGGUCAGGGAAGAAAACGAGGAUCCAAAGCUCAAUUCUGUUAGUGCGGUUUCCAUUUCAAGCGAGAGAGAUCUUGUGAGGAAGAAAAACAUUGAUGCUGAGUCUUUCCUGCUGGUUCUUUCUGCUGAUGAAAAGGCUGCUGGGAGCAAUGGACAAUGCAGUCACCAUAUGUGGAGGCAAAGAUUCCCAGUUAAGAAGGAAUGCAGAGUUGAUAGGAGAAAGGAGGUUGAUGAGUGGGUGAUCACCCUUGCGUUUCCUUAUGGAGAACGGCUCAACCGCGGAAAUAUCUCUCCUGGGAUUUAUGCUUUCCUUCCUACAGAAAUGGUCACGAACUUCCCCUUCAUUAUUCAGGCAGACUUCUUGUUAUCAUCGUCCAGGGAGGCCAUUCUUUUGGACAACAAAUGGAACAAGGGAAUUCUCAACUGUAUUUCUGUGGCCUUCUUAGCUGCAUUUACCUCCUUAGUCAAGGCUAACAUAGAUGCUCCCACUUCUACUCUUGUUCAUAUGUUUAACUUUCUGCCCCUUAAAGGUUCUCCAUAUUCCAGUCUUAACUCGAUCAAAGACUCAAUCAGAGAGAAACUUCUCCAGGAGGAUAUUAUGCCGUGCCAGUCAUAUACAACGCAGAAGUAUUUCCGAAAACCAAAUCAAGUUGGAAGGCUAAAGCCUGCAUUUUGGACUUUGGUGGAUAAGGCAAGGAAGCAAGGGGUGAGUUUCCUUAAUAUUUCUUCCCAUGGGAAAUAUAUUCUGAACCAUGCAUUUGAUCAGGAGAAGUACAAUGACAUUUUGAAGUUUUUGGAUGUAAAGUAUGUAGAAGACGAGUGGUAUUCGAGGUGCAUUCAGAGUUCUGAUCUUGUGUUGGGUGUCUCAGAAGAUCUAUACCUGGAACUUCUGCUAUUUGUUGCUGAUUACUGGGGGUCAUUUUCAAAGACAAGUAUGGUGAAAAUACCAUUGUUGAAGUAUCUUGACAGUAACCUGCAUGUCGGAUUGUGUAGUGUGAAUUCUGCUUCCACAAGAGAUCAUCUAAAGCUGUUUAUAUGCACUCACUCAGGUGAUGUAUCAUGGCUGACAAGUUGGCACAGAGAGUUCCGUUGCGUUGGGGGGUACUUAAUUGCUGAAUCAACACAAAAAGAACUUCACAGUAGCGCUUCAAAGUGGCAGAAAGUGUUCGAUUGGCUUUGCAGUAAGCCGAGUGUGAAGUCUGUAGACGUGGAAAAGUAUGCAGUUAUGAUCCGCGACUCACUGAGUCAUGAUCAGAAGCUUAUUCUCGCAUAUGCUCAUUUCCUGUAUCACUCAUUCAAGCAGAAGUAUUUGUCUGCAACCCAAAUUGGUCCGCUUUGUCUUGAAAUGCCCCUUGUUGAUGAUUAUGGGCAGGUGGCCACCAAAAGAAAGCGUGUUGUACCUGCUAACGGAAGUAAAUGGGUGCAGCUUCUUGGCUCCUCUAAUCCAUGGAAAAGAGAUGGUUACAUUGAGCUGGGAGGAGAGUAUUUGCAUGAUCAAAGAUAUGCUUGUGUGUAUACCAAGAAGGAAGAUCUCCUUCAGUUUCUUAAAUCCCAUGCUCGUGUUUUGGAUAUUCCCAGUUUGCCUCCUCCAGAUGUUUCACUAUCUAGUAUGGCUUCCCCACUAACCAGGGAUAAUGCACUCCUGCUGUUAGAUUGGAUUGGUAAAAUGAAAGUGAUUCCGGAGAGAUUCUUGAGCUGCAUAAGGGAAGGAUCUUGGCUUAGAGUCCGUCUAUGUGGUAAUCCAGGCUUCAGGCCCCCGUCACAAUCCUUCUUACCUUCCUCGUCCUGGGGAGAUCAUUUGCAGAAUGGAUCUUUGCCUGUUGAUAUUCCAUUAGUUGAUAAGGAGUUUUAUGGUAAUGUGAUUUCUGAGUAUAAGGAAUCUCUGAGAACUGCUGGUGUUAUGUUUGAAUUGCAGGAUGCUUGUGAGUUUAUUGCGAGGCAUUUUAUGUCUCUGGCUGCUUCUUCUGCCUUUACAAAAUUUGAUGUCAUUUCGAUGCUGAAUUUCAUUAGGUAUUUGAGGGCUAAAUUUCUCCCUCCUGAUAGUUUCAUCAACAGUGUCAAAGAUAAGAGGUGGCUCCAGACAACUCAAGGCAACAGGACCCCAGGUCAAUCUGUGUUUCUUGAUAAGGAAUGGGCUGCUGCAUCACUGAUCAGCAACAUCCCGUUUGUUGAUCAAAAUCAUUAUGGCCAUGAAAUUCUUGCUUACAAGGAAGAACUCAAGCUCCUCGGUGUUAUCUUUGGUUUUAAUCAAAAUUUCCAGCUAGUUGUUUCCAACUUGAAACCUUCAGGGUCAUUGACUUCACUAAGUGCUGAAGCAGCUCUCCUGGCACUAAACUGUAUUCGUCACUUGCGUUUAGGUUCUUCUCAUAGUCUGUGCACAGCCCUCGCGGGCAAUAGAUGGUUAAAGACUGUGAGGGGAUACAGAUCUCCUACUGAAUGUUUCCUACCGGAUCCAACCUGGGUUAGCCUUCUUCAGGUUUUCGAUUGCUUUCCUUGCAUUGAUGAGAAGUUCUAUGAGAGUAAAAUCAGUUGGUUCAAGCAUGAGCUUAAAAUGUUGGGUGUGGUGGUUAGUUUUGAGAAUGCUACUAAGCCAUUUGCUGAAGUUUUUAGACAGCAGGCAUCAAAAUCUGCAUUGAGUAAGAGCAAUGCACUUUCUUUCCUGGAAUGCUACAAGAAGUUAAAAGCAAACAGCUUGAAUUUACUAAAGUCAGAUGGAGAUAUAGGGAAAGUUAUUCAAGAGGUUAAGUGGCUUAGAACAAGACUUGGUAGUGCCAGUACACCCAAAAAGUGCAUCUUGUUUGGUAAAGAAUGGAAAGCCAUUUCUUCUGUCUCUCUGUUACCCUUUCUGGAUGAGGCUUAUUAUGACCAGGGCAUUCUUGGGUACAAAGCCGAGCUUUAUAGUAUGGGCGUCACUACCACUUUUAGAAAAGGCUCAAAAUUUGUUCCUGCAGGGCUCCGAUUGCCUAAGAAUCCUGGUGAAAUUUCGCCUUCUGUUGUGUGUUCACUUCUGCUGUGCUUAAGGAAUUUACAAGAGGAUGAUGACAAGAAUCUUAUCUCCGUUCUCUUGGAGAAACUCGAUCAUAAGUGGAUCAAGACUCAAGAAGCAGGUUAUCGAUCUCCAAAGCAGUGUUUGCUAUUUGGUUCUAGUUGGAAUGGUUGUUUGAAGCUAGAGGAUGGACCCUUCAUUGAUGAAAAGUUUUACGGUUCAGAAAUUUUGUCAUACAAAAAAGAACUUCAGGCUUUGGGGGUAGUGGUUGAGGCCAAAGAUGGAUGCUCCUUGGUUGCUGAUUACCUUGAUGUGCACUCUAAUCGUGACACCAUCAAUCGGAUAUAUACUUACUUGAACAAUCAUGGUUGGGUUCCUACCAGUGAUGUAAGUGCAAAGAUAUGGAUUCACAAUGGGGAGAAUAGUGGAAAGUGGGUGAGUCCUAAGGAUUGUGUUCUCCAUGAUAAAACCAAUCUUUUUGGUUCACACUUGUUUGUCUUAGAGAAGUAUUACAGCCAUGAAUUGCUGGUUUUCUUCAGCAGAUUGGGAGUUAAUAGCAAUCCUACUGUGGAAGACUACUUGAAGCUUUGGAAGGAAUGGGAGUGUGCAGAGAGGAGAUUACUGCCUUCUGAGUGCUGUGCCUUUUGGGAGUUUAUAGUGAACCAUUGGAGCUCAAAGACACAGAAAUUUCUUGCAGAGAAUCUAUCCAAACUCCCUGUUUGUUCAGUCCAGGAUGAUGGGAUAUUGUUGCUGGACAAACACGACGUUUUUAUAGCCGAUGAUCUCUACAAGAAGGACCUUUUUGAACAAAGCUCUGUGGAUCCUCUGUUUGUCUGGUACCCCCAGCCAAGCCUGCCAUCCCUGCCUAGAACCAAGCUUCUCAAUAUCUACAGAGAAAUUGGUGUUGGGGCUUUGUCAGAAUCUGCCCAGAACAUGGGACUUUCUUCAAUCGACUGUGCCGGGCUGGAACUGGCCAAUCCGGAUAUGAUCUUCAUCGGGAAAAACCUGUCCACUCUCAUUCUCGGUUUCCUAGCUCAGCCUUCUCUGGAGAUUGAAGCCGAGAAGAGGCAUGAGUUGGUCAGGCAACUUGUGAACACCAAGUUUCUGAAGCUGAAAGAACCAAUUGCGGUUGACUAUAGGCUGUCACUUUCUUCUGGGAAAAUUGUGAUUGCUAAGGCCAGGAGAAUGAUGGUGUGGGAGAGAGAGAGGUCCAAGUUCUUCAUUGCAGAUAUUGAGAAAUUGGGUGGUUGCCAAUGUGUCCUGGAAUAUGCUACUUAUUACUCUGAAGAAGUUUCCAAGGGGAUAUUGUGGGAGAAAGAAGAUGCAGUUCGUGAGCUUGCUGAACUCAUCAGGUUGGGGUUCAUCGUCAAGUUUGAUAAGGUAGCUAUCAGCUUCCUGAUGAAGAUAAACAAUCUCCAGAUUUUCAAGGAAGAUGAACUGUUUCUGUCUUCUGUUUUUCCUGCUGAAUAG